AUGUCAGACGUACACACGCACCGCACACGCAAAAAGACUCGUGCAAAAAGAAUUGGCGCGAUUAUGUCCAUCCACCGCAUCGGCGCGCGCCUCGCGGGAGCUUCGCCAGAGCAACUCCUUGCCUUCAUCGAGGAGCAGGCGCCUCUCUGGAGCGACGCCGCGCUGCGCGUGGCGGAGGAGCACGCCGCACGGCUCGUGGAGCAGCCCGAGUGGGUGCUCUCCGAGGUCCUCCUCUCGCCGGACCUCGCCCCGCACAUCCUCGCCCAGCUGCCGACCAAGGAUCACGCCGCCAAGGGGACGAGACGCUGA